AUGGCCUUGACGCAUAGAGACUACACAGUCGCAUGGAUAUGCGCGUUACCCAUUGAGAUGGCAGCCGCAAAGCUAAUGUUGGAGACAUUCCACCCUCGACUAUCACAGCCGCAAACCGAUCACAACGUCUACACACUCGGGAGCAUCAGCGGCCACAACAUCGUUAUUGCCUGUCUGCCCUCCGGCGUUUAUGGAAUCACAUCCGCUGCGAUCGUCUUCGACCAGAUGCUCUCGACGUUCCCUCAACUCCGCUUCGGACUUAUGGUCGGCGUCGGGGGUGGUGUGCCCAGUCCCGGGAAGACUGAUAUUCGCCUGGGAGAUGUUGUUGUUAGUAUGCCGACAUCGGGCUCCACUCUUGGAGGUGUCGUUCAGUAUGAUUAUGGGAAAACACUGCAUAAUGGGUCCUUUCGGCAAACUGGAUCGCUCAAUAAACCCCCACGGUACUUGUUGACGGCGAUAUCGCAAAUGCGUAGUGAGGAUUUGAUUGGGGACAUUUCAAGUCGGAUUGAGCAAACGAUAUCUGAUGUACUUGCAUCAAAAGAGCCGAAGGUCCGAGAUCAGUUUUCGCGACCCGAUGACGACUGGUUGUUCAAGUCUAGCUAUCACCAUCACCGCAGCGACGAUGCGGACUGUUCAGCAUGCGAUCACUCGCAGUUGGUUUUUCGUGAGCCCCGAGGCUCUAAGAAUCCAGUUUUCCACUACGGUCUCAUUGCAUCCGGUAAUCAGGUCCUGAAAGACCCGGUAAGACGAGACGCCCUUGCACGAGAGAUGGACAUUCUAUGUUUCGAAAUGGAAGCUGCGGGCCUCGUGGAUCAGUUAUCUUGUCUUGUCAUCCGAGGAAUCUGCGACUACUGCGACUCCCAUAAACACAAAAAGUGGCAAGGAUACGCAGCGCUCACUGCGGCGGCGUACACGAAGGCGCUCCUUGAUGUGGUCCCCUCCCAAAGUAGGAAAGAGCCAGCUUGCCAGGGGUGGGUGCCGCCUUCCCCCAGCAACCUCGAGCGCAUUAAAGACAUUCUGCAACCCUCCGUUCAUCCCCUCGACACAUUUCAAAAUAUUGGAAAGCGGCGUGUUCCAGGCACUGCAGACUGGGUUAGAAAUGAGCCGCUGUUCCGGGCGUGGGCUGAAGGCAACGACAGCCCGGUGCUGUGGGUGUCCGGUACUCCAGGAUGCGGCAAGAGCUUCAUCGCACAGAACGUCAUCGCUCACUUUCUCGAGCGUUUUCCUCAAUGCGACGCCACUCGCCAGAACCGCACUUCAGUUGGAUACUUCUUUUUCAGACACAAUGAUCCCGAGACACGCAAGUUCCACCGUGCAUUGAGGGAUAUCGCUUUUCAGAUUUACCAGAAUGACCCUUCCUAUCGAGAUUAUAUCCAUGCUCACUGCCAUUCGGCUGACGAUAUCAAAUCAAUCCACGCUGCAUGGAGAGUUCUGUUCAUGGAUAACUACUACAACUCCCUCACAAAAGGUGAGAGCAGCGUGGUUCUUGUCAUCGACGGCGUGGAUGAAGCUUUCGAAGAUGACUGCCGGGAGUUUCUGAGGCUUGUCUCGGAUGUCGUACACAACCCCGCCAAGUGUCGCCUCAAGCUCUUGCUCCUCGGAAGACCAGAUAUAUACGAUGAUCUGGUGGAAGCUUUCGAACAGCCUGUUCCUACCAUCCACGUCAAUGCCGACAAAAAUACUGGGGAUAUCACAACCUACGUUAAAAGGAGCAUCCGCAAGUCUCGGCAAAUCAGUCGGAUUCCGAAAACACAGCGCCUGACGAUUGAGGAAGCCUUAAUUACUAAGGCCGAGGGUAUGUUUCUUUGGGUUGAUCUAAUGCUGACAGAGCUCAAUGGGAAGACUAGAGCUGGUAGUAUGCUGGAAAGCCUUCACAAAGCCCCGAAGGGCCUCGAUGCGAUGCUAAGACACGUUUUGGAGACAUUUAGCAGCAGGCUUAAUGAAGAGGAGGCAAUUGACCUUAACAUCAUCCUGGCGUGGGUGGCGUGUGCAGAUAGACCUUUGAGCUUGUGCGAGCUAGAUGAGAUACUGCAUGUUGAGCUGGAAACUCACGAUGAUAGGUUGGCGCUGGAGGACGCUCUGCGUACACAAUAUGCCUCUCUCUUUGUGCUGAAUCGGGAAGACGGUUUUACAACAGCAGAUUUAGUCGCAGGGGCCAAGCUGGGCGUUGAUCAACCUCGAAAUGACGGGUCUACUGGAAACAGUGACUCUUCUAGCGAGGCGGAUCCGGAGCCGGAGUUCAAUUCCGAGCGAGAUAGCACCAGGGUCGUCUUCUGCCAUGCCUCAAUCCGGGACUUUCUACGCAAUUCUGACUAUGGAAAGGUGUCUGCUGGGGAUGGCUCAACACCUGUUGGCGUUGACAUCGUCCAGGCGAGCUUGAACACCUUGAAGAUAUGUUUAUUGGCGAUAGCCCAGGGAUCAGUGGGGUCAUUUGUGCGGUACUACGCGCUGUACUACUGGGUUAGCCAGCUGAGACGUCUUUGCCAAUAUUUGGACAAAAUUAAUCGUCAGCAAAGACAAGAGAUCAUUCUUCUGCUUUGCACAAUCUUGAGGAGUGUAAAUCUGGAAAUGUUUCAAACCUACGCUGCUCCGGAUCCAGUUAUCGAGUUUAUUGACCGCGAGACGAUGAGGUUGAUCGUGUCACUUUUCGCUGAUCAGGAAUGUGUCAAUACCAUCGACGACACUGAGACCCGGGAGUGGAUCCGCCUCUGCCUUGAGGAACCUGCUCAGGUGUUCGUCCCGCUAGGCCGUGAAGUCGCUGAAAAAUGGCUCAUCGAUUCUGGGGAUCCGGUUUCCUGCAUGGAGACUGUUCUCGCGGUUAUUGUUCUCCUUGGAGAGGACUCCCCUGAAUUGACAGAACGUCCGUCUGCUGAAACCGUCCUAGAAGUGGCCAGAUGGGCACAAUACGAAGAAAACGCGCUCUGGCAUCACCAGGUCGGGGCAUGUCUCAGCUCCCUGGAGCAUUACGAUGCAGCUAUUGAACACCUGACUGCUGCGCUUGCACUAGAGCCAACAUGGCGAACCAAACUGGGUCUUGCUGAAGUGUACCGGAAACGCGAUUGCUUAAACGAUUCCCUUCGGUUAUUUAGAGAGUGCGAGGCGGAUUACGCACCGCCACUUACGACCCCUCGCACCGAAGACAAAUUUGAUGAUCCCGAAGAUGAGAAAUCCCGCGACUUGGCUAAGCUCCGCGUGAGAAUGGGCUUACUUUAUAUCCAGCUAGGGGACCACUCAAGUUCUACAAAAUCGCUUAUGGAAUCGAUCAGGCUUCGGGAUCCUGUUCACACCUGCACCGCCGUGUUGCUUGUUAUUCGUGUUCUCGUUUCAUCGGAGUCCGCACGACAUGAGAGUAUAAUGCAAGUGCUGAAGAUGAUUGACUGGGAUCCGUGGUCCUAUAAUGAGCCCGUUCUCUUUGCGGUUCUCGAGGACAAUUUUAUCGAGUGGUAUAAUUGGGAUAACACUCAGUUGCCGUUGGUAUUUGCCGUCUCCGCAAAGCGCUGUGAUGACCUGCAAUGGCUGGAGUGCAAGUAUCAGACCUUGAUCGAAGGAAACAGUCACCAAACGGUCACCGCUAUAUGUUUGAAGGAGACGCUCGCUCACCUAUAUGACAGGUUCUUGGGUGAGGAAUCUAAGGCCAUUCUGAUUUGGAAGAGUAUCAUAGCCCAACGCAGAGUUCCCGACUCAGAGUCGUACGAAACAUUCUGCAGAGCGAGGAAUCGUGCUGUUGCUGCCUACGGAUACCGGCUCCUAACCAACUGUCUGCGAGAAACUGGGAACGCCCAAUCUCUUCUCGUAUUGGAGCUGGAGAAACUCUGCGACACCGAGAUUCAAUCUCCUUCGUGCAAUCAUGUUCUCUUCGAUGGCCAGCCGGGCGUUUACAUGGGCAUAUGGCAUAGGUUAAAGGGACGAGAACAGGAGGCCAGGAAUUACUUCAAGCCAUACGUUCUCCAGGCAGUAUCUUGGCGGCGGGAUGCAGAGAUUGGCGAACUUGUUAUGCACGUAAAGCGCGUCCUCGGCCAUCUCUUCGCCAUGAUCGGCGAUGACGAAGACGCCAUCACUCUCCUCCAACACGUUCAUAGCCCCCUGGGCCUACGCGAUGGCACAUCGGCCACACCUGAGGAACGCAUGGCAUCCCCCUGGCCACUAGUUGUCGAAGACCGUGUCUGGUACUGCCAUAUCUGCCUCCGCUCGUGGGGGAACUUUGUCAACUGCAACGUCUGCCGCCGGUGCAGAGCAGAUAUCUGUGAAGAAUGCAUCGACAGUGUCAAACUGGGGAAUCCGGACAUUAGCUACGCUUGUGAUGCCAGCCAUGAAUGGUUGAAGAUUCCGGCCUCGCCUGGCGUUCCCGGGACAUAUCCGCUGAGUCGGGGAGGGAAAACCCUUUCGAUUGAGGAGUAUAUGGAGGCUGUUGAGAGGGACUGGAUGUGA